AUGAAGGUGACUGCUAUAGAAGAAGCUCAGGACAUCAGUAACAUGAACCUGGAUGAACUCAUUGAUUCUGAUAAUGAGUCUGAAGAGGAAACUACAAAACAUGUCACAAUUUUAACAAGUGCCUAUGCAUAUGAUGAUGAUUCCAGUGAUGAUGAGCUAACAUUUGAUGAGCUUGUUGCCUCAUACAAGAAGCUGUGUAUCAAGAACGCUGAAGUCUGCAAACAAGUGGAGAAGAAAAAGAUAAUCAUAAAGGAGAUGGAAAUUGAGAAGAAUGAACAUCUUGCAACCAUAGACUCUCUCAAUAGUGAAAUGAGCAUGUUGAACUCCAAACUUGAUCAAAUGACUAAAUCUUUCAGGAUGCUGAAUAAUGGAACUGACAUUCUGGAAGAAAUUCUGCAGUUUGGACAAGGAGCAGGAGCACACACUUCUCUAAGAAUGCCUGCCAAGGAAAAUUGGUACCUUGACAGUGGUUGUUCAAAUCAUAUGACUGGAAGAAAGAACUUAUUAGUAGACAUCAAACUUGAGGGAACCAGUUAUGUGACUCUUGGUGAUGGAGAAAUAAGGGAAGUAAAAGGUGUUGGCAAGUUAGGAUGUCUUGGUGUUCCUUAUCUGAACAAUGUCUUGUUGUUACCAGGACUGGCUGCAAAUCUUAUAAGUAUCACCCAACUGUGUGAUGAAGGGUUCAAUGUCAGACUCACUAAAGAAGAAUGA